AUGACUGUGCUGUCGCCUUUGUUGAUGGGAUUCCAGACUUGUGAUGUUGGAAACACAGAUAGCCAUCCUUUAGAGGAUUCUAGAACUAGUGAGCAAGAUAACACAUCUUUAGUUGAAGGUAGAACUUCUGUACAAUGCGGAAAGCUCCCCUGCAUUGAUAUUAUGUUUGACAAAAUUUCUUUGACCAUUGUCCACGAAAUCUCUGAUACAAGUGAUGUGUUCCCUCUCCUUCGUGUUUCUGUCGAUAAUACCCAACUUAUAAUACAAGUUCUCUCAACCAAGACCAGGGUCAUAAGCUCAUCAGCGGCAGUGAUAUAUUACUUUGACUCCCAAAGGAACCUGUGGGAAGAACUUCUCCAUCCAGUUGAAAUCUUCCUUUUCUACCGUUCUAACUUCCAUAUCCAGGGUUCAGAAGCUAAUUUUCAUGGAGUGCCUGUUCAUAUCCAUUGCAGAACAAAAGAGUUGAACAUGUCCCUUUCUGAGCUUUCAUUGGACAUACUCCUUUUUGUGAUUGGGAAGUUAAAUUUAGCUGGUCCUUAUUCAUUGAAGAGCUCCAGGAUUCUGGUCAACCGUUGCAAGGUGGAGAACCAAACAGGCGUAAACCUUCUUUGUCACUUCUUCAAUAAGCAAAGUAUGAAAAUAGCGAGAAAGCAGUCUACUUCCAUAGUUUUUAGGUACUCAGACUUGGCAAAACAACCUGCAGAAAAUGCAUCUUUUUCAUUUCAACUUGCUGUUCCAGGAUCUUUUACGACUUUCCCAAUUUCUCUCUCUCUCUUGCAAGCUCAAAAACUUGCUUGGAGAGCACGUAUCAUGUCAUCUCAAGAUUCAAGAACUUAUCCUGGGCCAUUUGUUGUUGUUGACAUUUCAAGAGAAUCUGAGGAUGGGUUAUCAGUUAUCGUUUCUCCUCUGAUUAGAAUACACAAUGAAACUAAAUUCUCCAUGGAACUGCAAUUUCGACGACCUCAUCAGAAGGAAGAUGAGUUUGCUUCGUUGGUGCUAAAACCAGGGGAUACAAUUGACGAUUCAAUGGCAAUGUUUGGCGCCUUACAUUUGUCUGGUGGAAUGAAGAAGGCAUUGACAUCUUUAAGUCUUGGUAACUUCUUAUUAUCUUUUAGACCCGACACUACAGAAGGCUUGAUGAAUUCGAAGAGUGCACUUUCAGCGGAAUGGUCCCAUGAUCUUAAAGGUGGAAAGGCAGUUAGACUCUCUGGAAUAUUUGAUAAACUAGGCUACAAAGUUCGAAAGGCUUUGCUUAAUGAAUCAGUGAAAUGCUCCUUCAGCACUGCCCAAUGUAGCUUCAAAUCUGAAGGUUCUCAUAUUGAUGAUAUCCAUUUUCUGAUACAAAGCAUUGCCAGAGAUGUGCCUAUUGUACAACCUAAUGACUCCAAAGAGGGGUUUGAGUAUAGCACUUCGCCAGUAACCUUACAAGAACAGAAGGAAAUAUUUAUUCUGCCGACUGUAAAGGUGUCCAACUUAUUACAGUCGGAGAUACAUGUAAUUCUAAGUGAGAUGGAUGCGUGUUCCAAAGUUGGCUGGGAUAACACUGGGAAUCAGGCAAUAAUAUCAUGUGGUUCCUCGGUGGAUUUUUAUGUCAAUCCUUCCGUUAUCUACUUUACUGUUACAUUAACUCCUUAUAAUUCGAGCUGCAAACCACUGAAAAGCAGUGAUUGGGAGAAGAAGUUACAAAGGCAGAAAAGUGAAGUCCACCAUCUGGAUAUUGAUUUGGAAUUUGGUAAUAAAGAUUAUUUUGCUUCCUUGAGAUUGUCUCGUGGGCUCAAAGGCAUAUUGGAGGCUACUGUUUUCACAUCCUAUGCUUUGAAAAAUGAUACAGAUUUUUCCCUUUAUUUCUUUGCCCCAAAUAGGAAGCCCUUGACUAGGCAUGAAUUGGAGGAGUUGGGUUACAGCAUUCCUCCUGAGUUAGGAGCACUUCUGCCUCCAAUGUCAACCAGAUCUUGGUUCUUGAAAUCCAACAAGGUGUGCCUCAAACUGCUGGAAGAUAGUGCAUCGGAGGCGUCGAUUGACUUGGAUGCCUUGUCAGGCCUUACAGAGUUAAGCUUGGAAAUAGAGGAAAGCAUUGGAGUAAAAUCUAUUACAAAGCUUGGGGUUUCUAUGGGCCCACCAUUGAGUACAAUAGUUGUGCCAUCACAAUUAGUAACUAUGGUUCCGCGAUAUGUUGUAGCUAAUGAAUCAGAGGGAACUAUUAGCAUUCGCCAAUAUUAUUUACAGGAUGACACAGCAGGGAAUAUUAUUGUAAACAGUAAACAAAAGAUAACACUACAGCUGUGGAAUGCGAUGAGCAAGAGAAGAGAAUUCAGUUUCUUUGAGACUUUAAUAAGAAAGCAUGGAAAAGCUAAUGACGAUGCAUUAGUUUAUAUCCAAUUUCGACCAAAUGAGCCUGAAUUAAGUUGGUCAGGGCCAGUAUGCAUUGCUUCUUUAGGACGCUUUUUCAUCAAAUUUAGAAAGCAACAAUCAGGUGAAGUUGCAUCACCGGAGGAAUUCGCUGCAGUCCACAUUGUAGAAGAAGGUUCUACACUUGUUUUGCACUACCAUAGACCUCCAAAUAUCAAUCUUCCAUAUCGGAUAGAGAACUGCUUGCAUGAUGUAUCUAUAACCUAUUACCAAAAGGAUUCGUCAGAAGAGCCAGAGGUUCUUGGAUCUGAAAGUAGUGCUGAUUAUGUAUGGGAUGAUUUGACACUUCCACAUAAAUUGGUUGUUCGAAUUAAUGAUAGUCAUUCGCUCCGUGAGAUCAACUUGGAUAAGGUGCGGGGAUGGAAGCCUUUCUACAAGUUUGGGCAACAUAGGGGGUUGGCUUAUCAUAUUCUUUCAAAUAAAAGAUCACAAAUGCAGAUGUCAAAUGUUGAACUUAAUAGCAUGGAGAUGGUAAAAGUAGGGUAUGAAGUAUAUGCAGAUGGGCCUACCAGAGUUCUGCGGUUUUGUGAAAUUGCUAAAAGCCAUAAGAGAGAAACAGUGUACCAGUCAUGUGAGAAAAUUGAAAUGAGGGUUCCUCAAUUAACAAUCGAGCUACUUGAACAAGGGAAGCAGGGUGGAAACGAGUGGGAGGCAUCUCUUUAUACACCCAUUGUUGCUGCAAGAUUGGGAAAUUUUUGUCUAGAUUCUCUGUUUACUGAUCAGCAGAAAUAUAACUUGAUCAAUUUAGAGUCUUUGACUUUGGAGCAGAAGUGGGUUGGAGCUCCUUUUGCAGCUAUGCUUCGAAGACAUCAAGCAGGCCAUACAGAAGCAAAUGAUUGCAUUCUUAGAAUUGUCUGUGUUAUGCUGUCAACCAGUUCUGAUGUUACACAAAUUCAAUACUCUUCUAUAGCUCUCCAGCCCGUUGCUUUAAAUCUUGAUGAGGAGACACUGAUGAAAGUGGUCCCCUUUUGGAGGACAUCUCUUAGUGAUUCAGUGAGUCGUCAGUAUUACUUUGAUCACUUCGAGAUCCAGCCAAUAAAGAUUAUUGCAAACUUUCUUCCUGGGGAAUCAUAUUCAAGUUAUAGCUCAGCCCAGGAGACACUGAGGUCUUUUCUGCACAGUGUCAUAAAGGUGCCUCCAAUAGACAACAUGGUUGUCGAGCUGAAUGGUGUCUUGGUUACUCAUGCUUUAAUAACAAUGCGGGAACUGUGUAUCAGAUGUGCAAAACAUUACUCAUGGUACGCCAUGAGGGCUAUCUAUAUUGCAAAGGGAAGCCCAUUGCUGCCACCAGAUUUUGUGUCCAUGUUUGAUGACUUGGCUUCCUCCUCCCUUGAUGCCUUCUUUGAUCCCUCCCGUGUGUUGACGAAUCUUCCAGGUCUCACUUUAGGUACUCUUAAAUUCGUCAGCAAAUGUAUUGGUCGUAAAGGAUUCUCAGGAACAAAACGAUACUUCGGUGAUCUAGGAAAAUCGUUGCAGACAGCGGGAUCUAAUGUGCUUUUCGCUGCAAUCUCUGAAAUAUCAGAUUCUGUUCUGAAGGGAGCAGAAGCAAGUGGUUUUAAUGGAAUGGUGAUUGGGUUUCAUCAAGGAAUACUGAAAUUGGCUAUGGAGCCUUCAUUGCUGGGGACUGCUUUGAUGGAAGGUGGCCCAGAUAGAAAGAUUAAACUAGAUCGAAGUCCUGGGGUUGAUGAGUUAUACGUUGAAGGAUACCUGCAAGCAAUGUUGGACACACUGUACAGACAAGAAUAUCUGAGGGUCAGGGUCAUUGACAAUCAGGUUUACCUCAAAAAUCUACCCCCAAACAAUACUCUUAUAGAGGAGAUCGUGGAUCGUGUGAAGGGCUUCCUCGUGAGCAAGGCAUUAUUAAAGGGAGAUCCCUCCAGAACUUCUCACCCCUUACGUCAUCUUCGAGGAGAAAGUGAGUGGAAACUUGGACCAACUUUACUGACAUUAUGUGAGCACCUUUUUGUGAGUUUCGCCAUUCGCAUGCUUAGGAAGCAAGCUAACAGGUUCAUAGCCGGCAUCAAGUGGAAGAAAGAUUUGGUCGGCGACGAUCAGAAAGCGAUUACUCCGACAACUGCAGACAGCCCCGAAGAGGAUCAGAAGGUUAGGUUCAUCUGGAGAAUGGGAAUUGGAAAGUUUGUGUUGUCAGGCAUUGUAGCAUAUGUAGAUGGACGUUUAUGUCGUUGUAUUCCUAACCCCAUAGCUCGACGCAUUGUAAGUGGUUUCUUGUUGACUUUUCUUGACAAACGUAGCGAUGAGUAGACUUUUUUUUUUUUUUU